AUCGAGGUUUUCAUGUAUUUUACGCUGGAGGAGCGGAGGAGGCUCCUGAAUUUCAGGUAAACUCGCACGGAGUUGACAGUUCGCAGCGCGACCCACUUUCUUCCCACAAAUCCCAGUUACAAUUGAUUUCUGAUUAGAUUACCUGAACUAAAGCUCCACAGUGUCUCAACGUCAGUGGUGCUUCUUCGCUCACCUUCUAUUGCUGAGCCACCCUAACACUUCUUAAGCGGGAUCACCGCGAUGUUUUGAAGACAGAACUCUAGAAUGGAAGUCGCUCAGGGCACCGACAAUGUGGCACCUGUGUUUUCGCCGAGGUCUGGAAUCACAUCGCUGCUAGAAGAUUUCUGCAACGAAGAAGAGUCCAGCAAAUGCGCCGACACGUGCACCAGCGGGAGCAGCGCGAUGCAGUGCGGGGAAACGUCAUCGGCGGGCACUGGUGCCCCACUGGACCUCCUGGGGCGCCACGGCUCGCUGGUGGCCGCGCCGCAGAUACACUCGGGGCUUGAUCAAGCGGGUGCCGCCAUGCAGUUUUUUCCUGGAACUGCGCUGGGGUUCUCGGGUGCGGGCUUUCCGCAGCAGUAUGGCAACGGACCAGGGGCAGGAGGUGUGCCAACAGCGGCCCCGCCGCACAGCCACCCCCCAGCAGGAGCGGCCGCCGCCGCCGGCGCUGGCAACAGCGGGGCGCCCGCGCUCGCAACCAACCCAUACCUCCAUCGUGUCAGCAGCGGUGGCACGGGGUCGGCGCACGUCCAGACCAGCACUAACGGGUAUGGCUUCAGCGACGCAGCUGCCUUUCAGCGUAUCAGCGGCGACUCGCCGCGCGGCAUGUACGCCUCUGGCGGCAGCGCUCAGCACGCAAUGACCGCCGGGUCCCACGGGUGGAGUAUGGGAGCGCAGCCUCAGGCGCAAGUUGCAGGCGCCGCCAGUGGCAGCCGGCGCGGGCGCAAGCCCAAGCCCCGGCUCCCCGACCUGCAGUCUCAGCUUGACAGCUUGAGCCAGCAGUUCGAGCGUUUGAGCUCCGAGAAUAUAUUCCUCAAGUCCAAACUGAAGGCGCUGGAAAAGCUUGUGCCGAACCGCCAGGUCAGUCUGGACUUCCUGGCGUCAGUGAAAUUCAAUGGCCAGCAGCCACAGCAGCAGGCAGCGGCGGCGGCAGGGCAGGCCGAGACGGACCACGGCAUGCCACGUCCCGCCGCCGUGCCCAGCCCUUCAGGCAACAACGGCACAGGCCCUGUAGUGGCAGAUGCCGCGCCUAAGGGUCACGGCCCGCCGGGCAGCAGUCCUCUGUCCUCCGAAUCGGGCGCCUCUGCCGGCGCUGCGGCCACGGGGCUUGCCCGCGCAGGUCUGCCAGGCGGCGGCAUAGGAGGGAACGGUGUGGCGCUGCCAACCGCGGCUUCGACGUCAGCGCUUGCCGAGCCCGCGGCAGGAACGCGCGAUGACGGAGGGGGGGCGGCACCGUCGCAGCUGCUCAUUUUGGAGCUGUGCCCGGGGCCUGACGGCGACAUCCCAGCCAUGUCGCCGGCGGCCAUUGAGGAGCUGAAGCGCACGGGCGUUAAGGAGUUCCUGGCGCUGUGGAGGCACGUAACGCUGAAGACCAGCGUGAUGGUGGCGGCUGCGGAGGCUCUGGGCCCUGGCAGCCCGCACGCCGCCCGCCUGGAUCGCUACAUAGGCCGCAUGAUGGACUACAUGGACCGCAUCACACUGCUCAGCCCGCAGUGCUGGUUCCAGAGCAUGUACAUCAACGCGGAGACGAUGGAGCCGGAGCGGCCCACGGACGGCUUCUGGAUGGCCAUAGGCAAGUACGCCAACUUCUCUUACGAGCAGCUGGAGGAGAUCGAGAACCUGGCCAAGGCGCACAACGCGUCCAUGGCACCGGUCGUGCAGGAGCGCGCGCGGCUGGCCUCGGAGCUGUCUAGUCACAUCUCCACCACAACGGCGGGCCCGGCGGCGACCGAAAGCGCGCAUGGCAUUUCGGCCCUGACUGCGGUGGACGCGCUGACAGACCAGCUGAAGCGCAACGUGCUGAGGGAGCAGCAGUCGCACCUGGACGCAACGGACUUCCUGUGCUGGUCAGUGCUGACGCCAUUGCAGGUGUCCCGCAUCAUCUCUGCUUCUUACCCCUACAUGCCCGACGGCGUCGCAAUCAUGCACGCCUGCCGGGCGCUGUACCAGCAGGCCCAAGAGCAGCGCCUGCAGCAGAAAAACGCACAGGCGCUGUUCCAACAGCAACAGCAGCAGCAGCAACCGCAACAGCAACAGAGCCAGUAGGCGCGUGUUCCGGGCUGACGAGCGAGAGGUGGCGGCCCUGUCGGAAGUGGCGUAACUUUAGCUACCGUAACUGAUUGAGCGUACGGUUGGGCGGCAAUACGAGAGUGGGUGCAGGGCUGCUGUGAGUCUGCUGGGUGCCACUGGUGCGCCUCGUCUUAUUUGGUUAUGGUAGUUUCUAUUCAGGGUGUCGUGUGUGCGUGUGCGUGGACGACCCGUGUGUGCCCCGGGAUGUUGAUACUCACACAGAGAAACAACUAGCACUUCCUAGAUCGCGCACUUCGUGCACUCAGGUGCACUCCAGUGAUAGCAGUAGCGCCAUUAAGUGGAAUGUCUCGAGGCUACAACAUCAGAAGCGAAAGCCAAGGCCUAAGGCUUUGCUAAUGGGUUAUGUUGCAUGGCGAUGGCGCGUCUGCACAUUGAGCUCACAGGCCGUGCACGCCUACUCCUGGGCCGACUUUGCCACGGUGCACAGAGGGGCCGGCAGAAUAGGUCACACACGUCAGGGCCGACGGCGCAAGUAGUGCACAACGCCCCAGUCGCAGGGGACACGCCGCGCGGCUGUGGUGUAGCACGAAUGU